CAUCAUGAUCAGUAACCCCUGACCUAACGAAAAACCUAUUAGAUACAAAGUAAGAAAAAUGUAGUACGCAGAAAAAUAAGUCUCCCAUUUUGGAAAAAACAAAUAUCAUAUCAGCGCAUAAAAAUUAUCAAGGCAAGGCAAAAGUGGCCGCCUAACGUGACUCACCCAGCGCAACACGGAUAGACUCACACAACUUCACUGAGAAACGCGCAACACGGAUACUCACACAACUUUACUGAGAAACGCGCAACACGGAUACUCACACAGCUUCACUGAGAAACGCGCAACACGGAUACUCACACAACUUUACUGAGAAACGCGCAACACGGAUACUCACACAACUUCACUGAGAAACGCGCAACACGGAUAGCCUCACACAACUUCACUGAGAGUCACGCGCCAGAAAAGACAUAAAACUGUUGUUCAGUUCAUGUGCAAGAAGGCCACGAGUACCCCUUCCUUUCAUUAUCUGCAAAUCAUUGGCUAUGGGAAAAUAGGUCACAUGCGCGACCCAGGACUUCCAAAGCUCAUCCCUCAAGACGCAAAACUCACGUCAUGUUUUGCGCCACCAAUCAGAAGAAAAGAAGUAGAUGGGGGAAACCCUAUAAAAACGGGGGGCAAGUGCCCAGAAGGCAGUGAAGCAGCGCAGCAAGGAAGCACAGAUAAAAAGAAAGAUCCAAUUAGUCUUUGUUACCACGCCCGCGAAUAAAUUAAAGAAAAGGACUUAGUCAGAAUUUCUCAUCGGCUCUUAUCCAAAGUUGAACUUAGAAAAUUUUCGAAAAGUAAGCUCACUCAAUAUCUCAGACUCAACCAAAGCGGAAAUUUCAAUUAAAAUUACAAUAAAUAUAAUUAUAAAUAUUGUAACCUAUCUCGGAGCGAGCAUUUGUAACUGCUCGAAACCUACGACGACGCUUCGACCCGGACCAUUGUAAAGCAAAUAUAAGAGGGAACAACCAGUACCUUCCAAUAAAGAGUAACAUCGAUUAACCCACCAAGGAAAAACCCUGUGAGUACACUUUUAUUCCAACAAACCACAUCGUCACCCCCCAGAGGGUUCAUCACCUGCAUGCCAUCGGGGUCUAAAUCAACCUAACUCGCAAAAAGGAAAUAUCAUUCUUGCUCUCCCAUACUCAAUCGACGUGGCUCUCGUCCCUGGGUAAAGGACUUGAGUGUCUUGACCCGAAAGAAGAGUCAAUACCGUGUUGCAUAUACCCCCUGCCAAUUCAAAAUCUUCUACGGGGACGUAACACAAUAUAAAAAUUUGGUGUCAGAAGUGGGAUUUUAACGCAGUUGAUAUGGGAAAAAUAGAAUGACUCAAAGAACUCCUCUAAAAAAAUCACUGGAAACUAAUGUAAUAGAGUCCGACAUAGGAGCUGGAAGUGAUAACGAAGAGAAUAGUAACAAAAAAGAGAUUGAACAAACAGGAAACACUCCUGAUAAGGCAUCAGAAUCUUUCGGUGCAGCAAAUUUACCAAGCUCAAGUGCUAGUAAUCUCCUAAAUUAUUUUGACAACGACCAAAAUCCUCUUGAUGACGAACAAAAUCUUCUAGACGCACUAAAAAUCGCUCGCAGCACUAUCCGUUCCUUCGAAGAACGAGUAGAACAAUUAAAUUUACAACUGAGACAAGCAAUUCAAGAUUUAAACUCUAACAUGGCUAAUAUUCCUGUUUCAAUCAAAUAUGCUCUUGAAGCCGUUCCAAUUUUUGACGGGCACAAUAUUCCAUUGGCUCAUUUUAUCGAAGGAUGUGAAGAGGCACAACAAAUGAUAACCGAAGAUGCACGACCCAAUCUUGCACGCGUUCUUCGUAAUAAAUUAAGAGGUGAAGCUAGACGCGCAGUUCACGGAGUAGAACUCGAUACAAUGGCUAAAUUCACCACCUUUUUAAAAACCCUAUAUGCUCCAGCAAAAACGGUUAAUCAACUCCUUGGAGAACUCGGUCGAAUUUUUCAAAACGAAAACGAAACCGCCUUGUCGUACGCAAAUCGCACUAAAGAACUAGGAAAUAAAAUUCAUGAAGCAUAUAAAACAAAAUUGGGAUUAGAAUUAAAUGCAGAGAUGAUAGCGAAUCUAAACGAAGAUUUAACGGAAUGUUUCAUUCGUGGUUUAAAAAGUGAACUGGAAACGAGAAUUAAAAAGGGACAAAAUUUUGAAAAUACCAUGAAAGAAGCAGUUGAACUCGAACGACAGUUACAAGCAAAAGAUGCAUUACGGAAUUUUAGGAUGACAAGAUCCUCUAACUAUUCGAAACCACAGUACCAAUCAAGAGAGCGUAUUCAUCAUAUUCAGUCAAAUAUACCCAUAUGCCAAUUGUGCUCACAAAAGGGACACGUCGCUAAUCAAUGUGCGGUAUUCAAAAAUCGAGAGCAAUCCAACUUUACCAACGACUAUCAAAAACGUUUUUCAUCGCAAAACAGAAAUUUUAAUAAUGACCAGAGCCGUAAUCCUUAUCAAAGAAAUUUCAUGCAACCUAAUACAAAUUACAAGUCGAACGAUAAACCACCAGAUAAUUCUAAAAUUGAACCAAUUAAUCCACUCAGGACAUUUGAUAAUAAACAAAUAAAUAAUUCGGGAUACAGUCCGUCAAUUUUCUGCCGAUAUUGUAAAACUCCGGGACAUCUAAUUGAACAAUGUCGAAAAAGAGAAUACGUGAACGCCCAUAAAAAUCAAACACCGUUCCUUCAAAAUACAAAUGAAAGAAGCUUUUAUCCGACGCAAAAUGCUCAAAAACCCAAUCUACGCAGUGAAAACGAACCGUUAAGAACUUCAUUUGUUCGAAGCAUAAAACACGUAGAAACAAGUGAAGACCCAGCAUGACUACAACGAGUAGCCGUCGUACUCCUAAAUCGCACAAGUAACGUGCCAGUGAUAUCCGUUGAAUCUCAAGAUCUUGUGGGACCAACUUUAUUAAUGAUAGACACGGGAUCCGCAUUAAAUUUGAUCAAAAAACGUCAAAUAGCACCAGAAGUUGAAAUCGACAAAAGUGAUAUCAUUAAAAUCAGUGGAAUUACGAAAAAUUACGUUAAUACGUUGGGAAGAGUAGAAAUCCGAAUUUUAAAUUCAAUAAUCACUUUUCACUUGGUAGCGGAUGAUUUCCCUAUCGAGGACAAUGGUUUAAUCGGGACUGAAUUUUUUAACACUCAACACGCUGAUGUUUCUUACUCCGAGAAAUGUCUGAAAUGGAAAAAACAUAAAAUCCCAUUUGUUAAACUCGAAACCAUAAUUAUUCCCGCACGAAGUAGAAAAAUGUUCUACGUACGCGUGGCUAAUUCAGAAGUAAAGGAGGGAUACUUGCCUAAACUAAAUAUAUCAGACGGUAUAUAUUUAGGAAAUGCGUUGGUAACUAAUAACGAGGGGAAAGCACAUUUAUACCUAAUCAACACCACGGAAGAAGAAAUCGAAGUCGCAAUACCCGUCUUAAAACUACAGCCGUAUGAGCUCUUAUCUCCCCCUUUGGAACGACAAAUGAGGGAAAAAAUUGAUUCGUAUCCGUCGGGAGAUGAAUCAAUGCGCAACGCUAAUAAACUUCAACAGCUACUACAUCAUGAUAAGCACAAAUCUGAACCUCAAGAAGGGUUAUCAAAUUCAACACGAAUUCUUUCAAUCAACACACGAAUUCUCGACGAGAAUCGUUCUACUAUUUCAAAUAAAUCUACUACCUCAUGUGAAGGUCGAGCACAGCAAAUACUAAAUCUAUUACGUCUAAAUGAUCUGAAUACGGAAGAACGGGAAAGUAUUAUCAGUCAUAUAGAAGAAUAUCAAGAUCGCUAUUACCUGCCAGGGGAAAAACUAAUGGCUACAAAUGCCAUUCAACAUCGCAUUCCGACGGUAAAUGAUGUACCAAUAACGACUCGACAAUAUCGUUAUCCACCCGUCUUAAAAGAAGAAAUUAAUCGCCAAGUCAAGGAAUUAUUAGAUGGAGGAAUAAUAGAACCAUCUCAAUCCCCGUACAAUUCACCUGUAUGGAUUGUACCCAAGAAAGCAGAUUCAAAAGGAAAUAAACGAUGGCGCAUGGUUUUGGAUUAUCGCGCCCUGAACGAAAAAACAAUCACAGAUGCAUAUCCAUUACCACUCAUUAACGAAAUACUAGAUCAAUUGGGAGGAGCAAUGUAUUUCUCAACCUUUGAUCUCGCUUCUGGAUUCCAUCAAAUUCAGAUGCAUUCAGAAGAUCAACAUAAAACCGCUUUUUCAACACCCUAUGGUCACUAUGAAUUCGCCAGAAUGCCAUUUGGACUCAAAAAUGCACCCGCAACAUUUCAACGUCUCAUGAAUCAAGUUUUGACGGGAAUACAGGGGUCUGAUGCAUUCGUAUAUCUAGAUGAUAUAGUAAUAUACGCUUCAACACUAGAAGAACACGAGUUAAAAAUUGAACGAUUAAUGAAACGAUUGCGAGCUGCGCAACUAAAACUCCAACCGGAUAAGUGUGAAUUUCUACGACCCGAAGUAGUGUACUUGGGACAUAUAAUCAGUAAAGAUGGAGUACGACCUGACCCAUCAAAAUUAAUUGCGGUCAAAGCAUUUCCACAACCUAAAAAUGUGAAAAACGUACGACAAUUUCUUGGACUUGCUGGAUAUUACAGAAGGUUUAUAAAAAACUUUGCUCAAAUUGCGAAACCACUUACCACAUUAUUGAAAAAGGAUGGCUCCUUCGGAUGGGAUGAGCCCCAUCAAACAGCUUUUGAGACUUUGCGAGAAUUACUCAUUAAAGAACCAGUUUUACAAUAUCCUGACUUUACUCAACAAUUCAUCGUAACUACAGAUGCUUCAGGAUAUGCAGUAGGAGGAAUACUUAGUCAAGGAAAAUUGGGAAAGAUUUGAAGAAAUUACGACUUUCUACAAUCAGUAUGGCUAAAACAAAAGAAAUUAAUGGCACUAGCUGGGAAAAAGUGAUUAAAUUUAUCCAUAAAGGUAUGGAACAUCUUUCAACUAAACUGACAAUUUGUCGAGGAGACGUAAAAUAUCCGAACAAAGAUAUUCGUGAAGAAAUAAUGGAAGAAGCUCAUAAUUCUGCAAUAGGAGGACACAAAGGAGUAACUAAAACAUAUAACCGAAUUCGCCAACGAUAUUAUUGGGAAAAUAUGAAAGAAGACGUGCAACAAUUUAUAAAUCGAUGUUUAAAAUGUCAUUUAAAGAAAUUAGUGCGCAUAAAAACCAAACAACCAAUGAUAAUUACAGAUACACCUGACUCCGCAUUCGACAAAAUAGCUAUGGAUAUAGUGGGACCUUUACCUACAACAAGAAAAGGACGUGAAUACAUAUUAACUAUCCAAGAUUUACUCACGAAAUUUUGUCUUGCAAUACCUUUGAGAAAAGCUACAGCUAUCAAUAUCGCUGAUGCAUUAAUCAAAAAUUUCAUUUGCAUUUUCGGAUCACCCAAGGUAAUACUAACAGAUCAAGGAGCAAACUUUUUGAGUAACCUAAUGAAAGAAGUGGCAAAGAAAUUUAAAAUAAAACAAUGUCGAACAACCGCAUAUCAUCCUCAAUCUAAUGGGUCCUUGGAAAGAUCGCAUCACUCAUUGGUGGAAUAUUUAAAACAAUUCAUUAAUAAAGACAAUGAAUGGGACGAAUGGCUUGAAUUAGCAACAUUUUCAUAUAACACUAGCGUUCAUGAAGGAACAAAACACACUCCAUACGAGUUAGUAUUCGGAAAAUUUGCCCGACAACCAUCAUUUAACCAAGAACCUGGAGAAGAACAACGAACUUACGGAGAUUAUUUAACUGAACUUGCUACCAGACUACAUAACGUUCAAAGAAUCGCAAAAGAAAAUUUAAUUAUAGCUAAGGAACGAUCAAAAAAAUAUUACGACCGAAAAUCAAAACCGCAAGAAUUUAAUCUAGGAGAUGCGGUAUUUCUACAAAAAGGGCAGAAACAAGGAAAAUUUGGAGAUCAUUACACUGGACCACACGAGGUUAUCGAAGUUAAAAGAGAUGGAAAUAUAAAAAUUAAAGUGGGAAAAGAAACUCGAAUUAUACACCCGAACAGACUACGCUUAUCUCCUAUAGACUUAAGUGAUAGCAGCAGUGAUGAAUAGAAUCGCUUCCUACUAAAGCAUCAUCAACGUUCAUAACAGCAAUUUUAUAUGCCAGGUCUACAAUAAGUACAGCCAAUGAGCAAGCAUAAGGAAUAUGAUCAUAAAAUACCAUAUAUAUAUAAUUUUCACAGCCACAUGUGGAAGGCGGAAACGAAUGUUUGACGUCACAAACUACGACUUGUGAAGAUAUUUAUCCAUGCCCGUUAAUGGCUUCGGAACCAGAUGCAAUUGAUGAAGACCUCAAUAGGGCUUUAGAAUGGUUAGAUGCCGAAGAAUUAAAUCUUAAAGAAAUUAACCCUACAAAACCACAUAAUCAACCACCAACAGAAAGUUCAGUUCAACCUAGUGCAACGGACGCUCCUCCAGAGAAAAAAAAUGAUGAAGACAUGGCACAAAAAGGAAAAGAAGAUCUCACUCUCCGAGCCUUGAUGACCAGAGAAAUUCGUAGACAAUGGUACGAUGAAAUGAAGUACUGGAAUCAAGGGGGGGCUCAAACCCGACCAUACAAAUGCGCAAACUGUUGGAAAAGAUAUACCCGCAGACGUGAUGUUAAGAGACAUAUCACUUGUCAAAUCACAAAGGAACGACUUGAGGGUAAACAGGUGCAUGUAAAAGGAUCCAGAAAGAAAAGAUUGAACCUUAUACGAAAUUACAAGAAUUUAAAAACUGCAAUAGACGCUUUAUCUGGAGAUGCGACGACCAAAUAAGACACCGCGCUACGCUGGAAAAAAAAAAAAAAAAAGGGAACCACGAAAAUUAUUGCGCUCAA